GAGCCCCACCACUCGGCCAACGACAUCGCCCGAGCUGUUAUCAUCAUCCACCGACAAUUGUAGGAGGGACUUGCAUCGAUAUCUUCAUGGGCAUAUACAGUGCUGAAUGUCCUCAUGCUCCCUAUCACACCUUGGUAACGGCCUUGGUUCGACAUAAGAGAUAGGUUUGCUCGAAUCCUCUCUUCUGCUACCACCUCCCUUACCCUCGCAUAUCCGCUCACUGCCCUGGCCUCGUGUUCCUCAAGCGGAAAGCUUUCAAAGCCAUUGACUUCUUCUUCUCGCACUCCUCAGCGGACAACAUGGCGACCUCUCGAGGAAUUCGCAUCGCCAUAGACCGCGGCGGCACGUUCACCGACUGCGUAGGCAACCCUGGCUCAGGCAAGAUGGAGGACGACGUCGUGAUCAAGCUCCUCUCCGUCGAUCCCUCAAACUACGACGACGCACCUCUCGAAGGUAUUCGACGACUGCUCUCCAAGUUCACCGGCGAAGACAUCCCUCGAGGCACACCUCUAGACACGAGCAAGAUCGAGAGCAUACGAAUGGGAACUACGGUGGCUACGAAUGCCUUGCUUGAGAGAAAAGGAGAAGACAUUGCUAUGGUCGUGACAAAGGGCUUCAAAGAUUGUUUGGAAAUCGGGAAUCAGAGUCGACCGGACAUCUUCGACUUGGCGAUACGGAAGCCAGAGGUGUUGUACAAACGGGUCGUGGAGAUUGAAGAGCGAGUAACAUUGGAGGACUACGCUGAAGAUCCGGAGCGGACGUCAACGAAGGCAGAGGGUAUACAAGAUGCAGCGUCCGAUGCGGAGCUGGUCAAGGGACUAUCGGGUGAAGCCGUGAGGGUACUCCAACGACCAGAAGAGAGCAAGAUUCGGAAGCAAUUACAAGAGGUGUUCGACUCUGGACUGAAGAGCAUCGCGGUAUGUCUAAUGCAUGGAUACACAUACCCUCAUCACGAAGCUAUGGUGGGCAAAAUCGCGAGGGAGAUUGGCUUCGACCACGUCAGCUUGAGUCAUGAACUUAUGCCGAUGAUCAAAUUGGUACCUCGAGCAACGAGUGCGUGUGCGGAUGCAUACCUCACACCGGCGAUCCGGAAGUACAUCGAUGGAUUUCAGAAGGGCUUCGAGGGUGGACUAGGCACAGAGAGCGUGAAGAAUGAAGCCGGUGCAAAGGGAGCCAGAUGCGAAUUCAUGCAGUCUGAUGGUGGACUGGUAGACGUGGAUAGCUUCUCUGGCCUGAGGGCGAUCUUAUCAGGACCAGCAGGAGGCGUGGUCGGCUACGCACUCACGAGCUACGACCCGGAAACGAGAACACCCGUCAUUGGAUUUGACAUGGGAGGCACGAGUACAGAUGUCAGCAGAUACGGCAGUGGCCGAUACGACCACGUCUUCGAAACGACAACAGCAGGCGUCACGAUCCAAAGCCCACAGCUCGACAUCAACACUGUAGCUGCAGGUGGUGGCUCACGACUCUUCUUCCGUAACGGCCUCUUCGUUGUUGGCCCAGAAAGUGCCAGCGCCCACCCCGGACCAGCAUGUUACCGCAAAGGUGGACCCCUUACCAUCACUGACGCCAACUUGUUCCUUGGCCGACUACUGCCUGACUUCUUCCCCAAAAUCUUUGGCAAGAAUGAGGAUGAAGGUCUGGAUGAGACUGCCAGUGAGAAGCUGUUCAAGGAACUCACGGCCCAAAUUAACAAAGAGGAGGCCGGCUCGGGCAAGGAGAAGGAGAUGAGCGCGGACGAAGUCGCCUACGGCUUUAUCACAAUCGCUAACGAAACAAUGACGCGUCCCAUCCGCUCGCUCACCGAAGCGAGGGGUCAUGAUACGAGUAAACACCGCUUGGCGACGUUUGGCGGAGCAGGUGGGCAGCACGCCGUGGCCAUCGCAGAGGCGUUGGGAAUCAGUCAGAUUUUGAUCCAUCGCUACUCGUCGGUGUUAUCAGCGUACGGCAUGGCCUUGGCAGACGUGGUUGAUGAGCGACAAGAGCCCGAGUCGAAAGUCUGGUCGGAAGAGGACCAAGAGGUGCGCAAGUAUCUGCAAGAUAAGAUGGCGGAGUUGAAGAAGAAGUCGACUGCUACGUUGCGGGACCAGGGUUUCAGUGAAAAGGAAAUCCACUUUGAAGAGUACCUCAACAUGCGGUAUCGUGGGACCGAGUCGGCGUUGAUGAUUGUCAAGCCGGGGAAAGAGGAGAGUGAGAAGGACUUUGGCGGAGAUGAGUGGGCGUUUGGCAAGGCUUUUGUGAGGCAGCACGAGCAAGAAUUUGGUUUCACGUUGCCGGAUCGGGAUAUCGUUAUUGACGAUGUCAGGGCGAGAGGUAUCGGGAAAACUUUCGAGGGCUUGGAAAAGACUGUUGACCAGCAGCUCAAGGAGAUCAAACCGAAGGAUCUCGGCAAGGAUGAGAAGGUGUAUGGGAAGAAGUCGGUGUACUUUGAAGGUGGCAGGCAAGACACUUCUGUCUACAAGCUUGAAGAUCUGGAUGUCGGCGAUCGCAUCAGAGGCCCGGCCAUCAUUGCCGACGGCACGCAGACGAUUGUUGUCACGCCGGAGGCUACGGCUUUGGUGAUCAACACCCAUGUCAUCAUUAACAUUGGCGAGUCUGAUAGCCAGGAUAAGAAGGUCACCACGAAGGAGGUCGAUCCCAUCAUGCUGAGUAUCUUUGCUCAUCGCUUCAUGGCGAUUGCUGAGCAAAUGGGCCGAGCUUUGCAGAAGACGAGCGUCAGCACAAACGUCAAGGAGCGGUUGGACUACUCCUGCGCGCUGUUCGAUGCAGAUGGUGGACUCGUCGCCAACGCACCGCAUUUACCAGUUCAUCUCGGCAGCAUGUCGACUUGCGUCAAGAAGCAAUCUGAGCUAUGGCGAGGGAAGCUGAAGAAAGGAGAUGUCCUCGUUUCCAACCACCCCAUGUUCGGCGGCACGCAUUUACCGGACAUCACUGUCAUCACUCCAGCCUUCAAUGGCGACAACAUCGUCUUCUACGUCGCCUCUCGCGCUCACCACGCCGACAUUGGCGGCAUUCUUCCCGGGUCCAUGCCUCCCCACUCCCGCGAACUCUACCAAGAAGGCGCCGCCAUCAAAUCCGAAAAGCUCGUGUCAGAGGGCCACUUCAACGAAAAACGCAUCAUCGAGCUCUUGCAAGACGAGCCAGCCCAACAUCCAGGCUGCUCCGGCACGCGCUGCCUCGCCGACAACCUCAACGACCUCAAAGCCCAGAUUGCCGCCAACCAAAAGGGCAUCAACCUGAUCUCCUCACUCAUUGCCGAUUACACUGAGCCAGUCGUACAGUUCUACAUGCGCAACAUCCAAGACAACGCCGAGCUCUCAGUACGAAACCUCCUUAAAUCCGUCUCCUCACGCUUCGAGGGCCAAGACCUCUCCGCAAUCGACUACAUGGACGACGGAUCCCCUAUCCAACUGAAAAUCACAAUUGACGCAGAAAAAGGCGAAGCCGUCUUCGACUUCACCGGUACCGGCCCAGAAGUCUACGGCAACACCAACGCCCCCGAAGCGGUUACCUACUCCGCCAUCAUCUACUGCUUACGCUGUUUAAUCUCCGAGUCCAUCCCUCUGAACCAAGGCUGCCUCAAACCCGUCACAGUCAUCAUCCCGCCGAAAUCCUUCCUCUCGCCCUCCGGAACCGCAGCAGUCGUAGGCGGCAACGUUUUGACCUCCCAGCGCGUCACCGACGUCGUGCUCAAAGCCUUCCGCGCCUGCGCCGCUUCUCAAGGCGACUGCAAUAACCUCACCUUCGGCUUCGGCGGUAACGUCGCGGGUGAAAAAGCAGUCAAGGGAUUCGGAUACUACGAGACCAUCGCCGGUGGAUCCGGCGCGGGACCCACGUGGGAUGGGACGAACGGCGUGCACACGCACAUGACUAAUACAAGAAUCACGGACGCGGAGGUCUUCGAGAGGAGGUAUCCCGUGAUAUUGAGGGAGUUUUCGCUCAGGGAAGGGAGUCAUGGCGAGGGACAGCAUAAGGGCGGCGACGGCGUGGUGAGGGAUAUUGAGUUUCGGAUUCCGGUGCAGGUGAGUAUUUUGAGUGAGAGGAGAGUUUAUCAUCCGUAUGGAUUGGAAGGGGGAGAAGAUGCGCAGUGUGGACGGAAUAUUUGGGUUAGAAAGGUGCCGAAGCUGAAAGGUAGUGAUGCGGAUGAGGGUGUCAAUGGUGAGGAGAAAGCUAAGACCAAUGUUGUGGAGAAGAAGGACAGUGAGGAAGAGCAGGAUUGUUGCUGUGUCUCGCUUGGUGCGAAGAAUACCGCUGCCAUGAAGGCAGGCGAACGUAUUAUCAUUCAAACGCCUGGAGGCGGUGGAUGGGGCCCGGUGGGCAAGCGAGCGCAGAAAAUGGAGAAGGAAGAUCCGAAGAAGGCGUGGAGGGGAGGAAGUGUAGCGAGUCGGCAGGCGGAGGCGGAGGCUUCUGCGUAG